AUGUUUUACACGCAAUUCCUUACCGCUGUCGUAGCCGGUCUCCUUGGAGCCCAAGGAGCUCUCGGUGUCAAGCACGGUGAAAUCAGCGAGUUCGAUGGCAAAAACGUUCGCUGGCAAGAGCUUGCCAAGGGCGUCUUCACAGGUGUCCCUGAGAAUGAGUGGGACGACAAACUCCAUAAGAGGUCUGCCGUUGAGCUCGAUAUCAACGAGAUCGUUGGCAACAGUACUAUAUCUGAUGGCACUCAACUUGAAUCGCGCGACCUUGUAGGCACGUGCAGGGCUGGCCAGAAAUGCGUUGUCAAAGCUACCAACUACGUCUUACUCUUAGGCUACAGCGCUUGGUUGAGCACUGCUGAGUAUGUCUCCAGUGGCAAUCUUUGGGAGUUUCUCAACAAACCCUUCGUCGCCAAUGCCGGUGGCGUUGCCAUAGCUGGUAUUAUCUCGGGCCAGAUCAACGAGGCUACCAAGAAGGAAUGCAGCACUCAGCCUCCUGACACUUCCCAGGCUGACAUCAUUCGCACGGCCCUUGAGAAGGUUAUUGACCAGAAUACUGAAGCUGGGGAGGUUUCAAUUGAUAUCAGUGGGCCCAGUGGCACGGUCAACAUCAAAAUUAAGGCUGGCCCUCCUAAUACCAGCCCUAACCCAGAAUGCAACCAGGGGUAG